CGCCAGAAGAAAGACAAGUUGUGGUGGUGGUGGUGUUGUCAUCACGAAGAGGUUUUCAUGCCUAAACAUGUCGUGUUCAGCUUUAAGUUGUAAAAAUCGACCUUCACCAGGAACUGGCAUAAGUUUUCAUCGCUUCCCAUUAGAUGAUAAGGACCGGCUGCAGAAAUGGCUGCUGAAUCUCAGACGGGACAAUUUCCAGCCCUCUCCAUCUGCACGCAUAUGUUCGCAACACUUCGAAGACAGCUGCUUCUUCACGAACAAUCACGGCAAACUUUGCCUUUCCAAAAGCGCCAUCCCUACCGUAUUUUACUACCCCAUUUCUUUUCGCUCGUGGCGUAAAUACUGGUCACAGCGGAUGGUUGUUAGAGAGGAUGAGAAAUCUGGUGAUGGCUCUAGGGGCACUUUACAUGCUGUAGAGACUGCAGACGACCACCAUAAACCGGGACCCACAGCAGCUUGUUUUGGGACUCCACAAACCCUGCUUAAAACUGACCCCAGGAGCAGGUUUGUGGAGGUGGAUGUUAUCUUGAAUGAGUCUAUAAAAGAAGAAGAUGAUGAAGAUGAUAUCGGAUUAGAUACGCAGGACACUAAUGUGAGCCCAGUGAUUUACCCCAGUGAGGUUUGUGUAGUCGCAGUUCGACAGGAUCACUGCUAUUAUUCCAGUUCUUCAAACACAGAUGAGACGAACGCAGCAGGGAAUCAGGAGAGCGAAUCGGCGGAGAUGCUGAGGCACAAACUGCACAUGGUCCUCGGCAAGAUUAAAGUCUUCAGGAAAACCAUGAAGAUCAAGAACCAAAUGAUCAGGCGCCUGAAGAGCAGAGUGCUGUUGCUGAAGGCCAACGUGAAAACCGAAAGAUUGCAGAGAGAGAAAAUGCAAGUUACAUUGAGCAAGUUACAGAAGGAUCUAGAUAGUCGACUCCAGCCUAAACCGAAGAGUCCAGACCUGUGAAGGAAAAAAAAACCCCGAACAAAACUAAUUUAUACUGG